UGCAAUGCCCACAAUUUCAACUGACCUGUUGAUAAAAUGACCAUGGUGGUUUUGUUAUUACAUGUAAGCUUCAGCCAUUGGCAGUAGGCUACCACGGAUCUAUGGAAAAUAUACAGCACACCAAACGUUUCUUUGAAUCCAGUCAAUUCCACCGCACCAUGGAGAAAGGUAAACAAUGAGGCGUGAUUUGCUGUUGCCUUUUGCCCCCUGAACCUGAACCUGGUACCUUGGAUAGCGACGCUAGGGAAUCAUUUUACUACAGUAACGGAAUCCUAAGUGACGCGCCUCGCUAUGCUGUUCACAUUCGGGACAGAUGGCUGGCGAGUCCCCCUUCACCAUCCAAUGGCUGGGGUAUGAGGCGCUCAAACGCUACACCAAGAACAUGCCGGGCAACCGGGACAUGAAGGCGGUGAAAGACAUUCGCUUCCUUGCGAGGAGGUGCAAGGCCAGGGGCUGUUGGGCGGUGAUGACAUCACCCAUCAAAUAUGUCCUCGAAGACAAUGACUUUAUCAAAAUUGAUAUCCACGCCCUGUGGCCCCAUCCAGGACAGAUAGAAGUGGCCAGGAGGUUCCGCACCCUACUGGACUCAGACCACCACCCCUCAGAGAUCGCAGUUCUUGCUAUGGAGCUGCUAGCUGCCUGCCAGGGCAUCGAGUUCUUCCACCCCCYGCUUACCACAACACCAUUGGAGAAGGUCUAUGACCUUGUACCGCAGUGUAACCAAAGCCCUGGAUCAAGUAUAGGUUCAUGUCACCAGACAUUGAUGCUGUCCAUCAUCUUCUUCUAGACCAGAAGGUGUGGAACAUGGCUCAGCCRUACAUUGAGAGUUACAGUAUAAACUGAGUGGUUCGAGCCCUGAAUGCUGAUUGCCUGAAAGYCGUGGUAUAYAUUUAUUUUUACUGCUCUAAUUAUGUUGGUAACCAGUUUAUAAUAGCA